GGUAGCUCAGGAGUCAGGACUCGGAUGUAGUACUCUCGGGAUUAAUUGCACGCAUACAGCCCGAUGCUAUAAGAACCUUGAAUCCAGUUGACCCUCGUGGAUAUACGGGGCGCUCUUCAUCUUUCACACGACUCAACUCGUUGGCACACACAUCGUACAUCGACGAAAGCAUCAAAUCGCCAUGGCUGAGCUCAAGCCAUACAGAGGGGACUACUACCUCUGGCAGUAUGUCCCGUCCACCCCAGCGGCCGGUCUGUUCGUCGCCCUAUUCUCUCUGGGGACUCUGCUCGUGACCUGGCGCACUGUCAAGCACCGCGCCUGGUUCUGCCUUGUCUUUGUCAUUGGUGGCCUUUUGGAGAUUAUAGGUUACAUUGCUCGCGCGCUCGCCAGGGACCAGACCGAUCGCCUUAUGCCCUUUGUCAUCCAGAGCACCUUCAUCCUCGUCGCACCCGCUCUCUUCGCCGCAUCCGUAUACAUGACGCUCGGUCGUAUCAUCCGUAGCAUUGGGGCCGAGGACCUCUCCUUGGUCCCUGUGCGAUGGCUCACUGUUAUCUUUGUGUGCGGCGAUAUUGCGUCCUUUGUCACCCAAGCCUCGGGUGCCGGUGUCAUGGUCACGGGGGACACGAUGACCACUGGAGAGAAUAUCAUCGUCGGCGGUCUUUUUAUACAGAUUAUUGUCUUUGGCCUCUUUGUCGUCACUUCGGCUAUCUUUCACCACCGAGUCCGACGGCUGCGUCCAGGCACAUCUCUCGAGUACGGGAAUCGCUGGCAGAGCCUUAUGACGAUGCUAUACGUCGUGAGCGGCUGCAUUAUGGUGCGGUCUGUCUUUCGUGUCAUCGAGUAUAUCCUCGGAAAUGACGGAUAUCCUCUUAGGCACGAGUGGACACUAUACGUUUUCGAUGCGGUACUCAUGUUCGUCAGCGUCGUCUUGUUUGGAUGGAGGUUCCCUCAUCACCUAAAGGUUAAGACACACCUUAAUGCAAGCACGGACAGGGAACUUGGUCAGAUGCAGCAUAGUUAGACGACACAGCAGGACUAGGCUACACGCACGUCCCGUGUACCUUCGUUCUCGGCG